GGAGGAGGAGGAGGAGGAGGAAGACGAAGAGGAGGAGGAGGAGGCGACGGCUGUCAUUUUUUUUUUCAUUUGUACCAACGGGCACGUUUCUCGGGAGCAAACACAGGCGGGUGUAGCUGUCCAUACAGGCUCCGUCAGGGAGGCAUCUUAGCGGACGGUCUCUCCCGUUUGUGGCUCUUUAAACUUCGGCGGUGAACGAGAGAAGACGUGCUCUGUCCUGGAGGAGAAAUCUGAUUAACGCCGUCUUGGUUUUUUUUAUUUAUUUUGGGUGCCCGUUCAACUUAAAUACCCGCGCUGCGCGUCUCCUCCACUGCAGAUAAUCUAUGAACAAAAACAUGCAUUUAUAUUAGCGGCUGCGUGUUUGGACGAGUUAACCUGCACUGUGGACAUCGAGAAGAAGAAGAAGAAGGAGGAGGAGGAGGGAAAAAUGCCAGUGAGUCAACAGCUGGAGUGGAAAACACACGACGGAUCACCGUCCACUCUGUCUUCAUAGCUGAACGUUUGGGCUUUAUUCAUUCAUUAUAGGGCCUAAUUCAGCAGGAGAGAAAGAAUAAACCCGCUGUGCUCGCCUCAUAUUUCGCUCGCUGAGAGAGAUUGUCGAAGGAGGAGAUCAAGAAAUCCAGCGAUGGAGUCCCCUCACGCAGACCUUGGCUGUUAAUGGUUAACAGAUUGAUAAGGGUGCUGUUUGGGGAAAGCAGAAGUUGAGAAGGAAGGAAGGAAGGAAGGAAGGAAGGAAGGAAGGAAGGUUACCGGUGGAUAACGCGCCUCUAACCCGAGGACCAACACACGGGAAGGAGUGGAAGCAGAGGCAGAAUGUGGCAUUGCUGUUCCCCUCCACUCUGACUCUGAGUGUCGGGGACAACCGGUGGUCGUCUUGGUGUGUGUGUGUGUAUGUGUGUAUGUGUGUGUGAGUGCGUGCGUGUGUGUGUGUGUGUGUGUGUGAGGGUGGUGUUGGUGAAAACCGGUUUUUGAUGCGCGAGAAAGUGACGUGCCAGCCCUCCCACCUUCCCGCCCUUUGCCACGAGCCUCUUGUCAACUCAACGGACAAGGCAGCCAAGUAUUUCAUUUUACGCUCCACAGAAAAAUAAUACAUUUUAAAAAAUCACAUUUUUAUUUUUAUUUUUUUCAAUUUUUUUGAGUGCCUGUCUGUUGAACCCACUCACUCUGACUCUCCAAAUCUCGCGGGAUAUAAAGGAAAUAAUCUAAAAAAAAAAAAAAAAAGAGGUAGAAGAAGAAGAAGAAGAAAGAAUAAGACAAACAGGAGCCGCCUAUAUGAAGAUGCUGAUGUGUGACCGCGGCGUCCAGAUGCUCGUGACGACGGUGGGCGCGUUCGCCGCCUUCAGCCUCAUGACCAUCGCCGUCGGUACCGACUACUGGCUGUACUCGCGCGGGGUCUGCCGCGUGAAGAGCAGCGGCGACAACGACACGAGCCGCAAGAACGAGGAGGUGAUGACGCACUCCGGCCUCUGGCGAACCUGCUGUCUGGAAGGAACAUUCAGAGGUGUGUGUAAGAAGAUUGAUCACUUCCCAGAAGACGCUGACUAUGAAGCAGAUGCUGCUGAAUACCUCCUCCGUGCUGUGCGUGCCUCCAGUAUCUUCCCCAUCAUGAGCGUGGGCCUGCUGUUCCUGGGGGGGCUCUGCGUGGCCGCCAGUGAGUUUUACCGGAGCCGACACAAUGUCAUCCUCAGUGCAGGGAUCUUCUUCGUCUCUGCGGGGCUCAGUAACAUCAUAGGAAUUAUUGUCUAUAUCUCAGCCAACUCGGGUGACCCGGGCCAAAGCGACAGCAAAAAGUCCUACUCCUAUGGUUGGUCCUUCUACUUUGGCGCCCUCUCCUUCAUCAUGGCAGAAAUGGUGGGCGUGCUGGCCGUGCACAUGUUCAUCGAGAAGCACCGCAAGCUACGGGCCAAGUCCCGCACCGAGCUCAUCAAAAAGUCCGCCUUCAGCCGCAUCCCAUCCUACCGCUACCGCUUUCGGCGUCGCUCCAGUGUGCGUUCUUCUGAGGCCCCCAGCCGCGACGCCUCACCGCUGGGGAAAGGCGGCUACACAGGGCCCGCCGCCUCCGAGAUGCCCAUGUACACGCUGAACCCACGCGAGGCAGGCAACGCCGGCUCCAAAUCCGGCGGCGGCUUGGGCGGGCUGCUCAACUCAGAGAGGGAGUUCCUCCAGAGCAGCACGCUCACUAAAGACUACAGCAAGGACCCCAACCGCAGGACCACGCCCGUCUGAGAGGUGUUGGCUGCAGAUAUCGCCCAAUCAGAGUAUUCAAAGAGAAGGAUGACGAGAAAUACAGGGGGAGCGCAAGAGAAAGGAGGGGACACACAGGGUUACGGGGUGGGACAAGGGGUUUGAUAAACUUUGACUGUGAACUGUGAACUUUUAGCCUUUGAACUGUGAAUCCUGAGCCCUGUGAGAGUUUCAGUGUGUGUAGCAGGGUCGGUUUUGAUGGAGAAGUUGUUCCCAACUCCACUUUACCACAUAUCACUGUAGUUAUACCUGUAACUCCUUACAUAUGAAGGCACAUUCAAUUUAUGUUCAUAAAUUGACUUUCUGGGGAUGAAACGGGGGGUUGACCCAAGCUUAAAAGCAUAUCGUAUAAGUGGUUUGCUGUUUGGGGCAACUUCUCCUUUAAAAAAAAAAAUGAUAAUGUGAACUUAAGGGAGACGAGGAAAGAGGUGAGAGACUUUGCGUGAUCUUUGACCUUUUGACCUCUGUCCUCCUGACACUUUGGAUAGCAGCAGCGUUGGAUUAGUGCAGAGAACGGCCUCGGAGCUCCGAGCUGUCUCUCUGAAUACGAUGCUAUUUAAAAGUGCGCCAGUUAACACCUCAGGAUCGGGAUUAAUUCAUUUUCAGUUCAGCCGGAUCCAAAAUACGAAUUGACGACGCAGUUUGGCAGCACACGUGUGGCACUCGUUAUUAUUUCUAUACAUGUUGUAUAUAUACGCUCCUUUCAUAUUGAUUGAUUUGAUCCAAGCUUACUUCGUGACCGACUGAACUGAAACUGAAUUGAGCUCAUUCCUGGUAACACUCACCCCCAUCUCUCUGAUCCCAGGUCAGUUGUUAAAUCUGCAUAGUGGUUUUGUGAUGACGUACACUGACUACAGAUCAGCUGUUAGGGGGGGAAAAAGGUGUGACUCAACAAAAACUAACUUUAGAUGGUAACGUUAGAUCAUUGGUGCUUCCUUUUACCCCUGUUUCCAGCCACACGAGUCAUCUCGUCAAUUUAUUUUCCUUCGCCUAAAACUUAAAGAGAUGAUCAAAUAUUUGUCCGUCUGUCUGUCUGCCUUCACUCAUCACUCUUUUCACCUUCCAUAUUUUAUUAUGUAGCCCCCACCCACCAAACCCAUAACCCACCUCACUGCCAAUGCCCUCCUCCUCUCACCCUGUCCCUUCCUCUUUUAGGUCCUGUCUUCCGUUUGGUGUCGCUCGUCGUAGACUAGUUAGGGUUUUUUUCUGGAGGUUGUUGGUUCAGGGUACUGUGGAGAGGAGACCGCUGAGCUGUGAAUACGCUUUAAGGCAGAGCCAAAAAGACAUUAAACAAACAGUUUGUUUUUUUUGCCCACUACCUCUUGGUGAAUACCUUUCAGAUAAAUUUAACAUAAAGUUGUCUUUUCUUGCCAGAACAAUUGUCAAAAUUUGCAGCAGAAAUAAACACGGAGAAAAUGCUCACCUCAGACUAAAAGGACACAUCGCUCUUCUACAUUUGAGGAUCUGCGGAGAAUGAACUUAAUAGAUAAAUAGAUGGAAGAGGAUCACUCACAGCCUCUCCUCCUCUUUAUCUCCCUUACAUGUAUACAUCUGCACAAACACGCACAAGCUUAUACACGUCUCCUAUAUGUACAGAUAAACAUAAAAAUAAUAAAUGUAUGGGCAGAUUUGAGCUUAGGUUUGGUCGAGGUUGUAUCCGGACACGAAGCUGAUGCACUCUCUCACACUCUCCGUACACCGGUGUUGGCACCAUUUUGUAUUAAAAAGCCAAGUGCUGGCUAAGCAUUCAAGUUCUUUGCCACACAUUAAUAUGAGCUGCACAUGAUUUAUCGCGCUGAGUUUUGACUCUUCUGCCUCGGUGGAGAGCCCCUUAGUUUCAGCAAGAUGACAGAAAGUGAGGGAGAGGGCUCGUUUAUGAAAGCGAAGAGAGAAGAUAGAGGGGCUCGAUUCCACGCAGCGACUGGAUGAAUAGGACAGAGUGUCAGACGAGAGGAGAGACGAGAGGCGCAAAUGAGGCUGGAUCAGUGUCAUCGUAGCUAAAAAGUGUUAAUUGGUGACAUUUAGGAGAUGUUUCUGAGGUCUGAGGCAUCAGUGGCUGUGAGAUAAAGAUGUCUCUAAAUGAAUAGACAUGUUAAAUACUCUAUCUGUGCUGUUGUGGACUUCCCCAUUCCUAAAUGCACCUUAUCAAGCUUCCGUUUUUGUCUUUUUGCACAGUCUGUCGCUGAUCUAUCGCUUCCUGUCUCUGAUGUAAGUGUAGGCCGAGAAUUAUUAGUAAAUCUACAGCUCUUACAACACAUAUAAAGACCCAAGAAGACGACGCUUUAAUACAGAGUGCAUUCAUCAGGUCACUGGACAACACCUGAUCGCACACACAUCCAAGGAGAGGGGCUGUGAUGGAGUGAGAAGGAGGCAAAAUAGCCAUAAAACAGAGAGAAAGGGAGACUUUUGGAGAGAGAUUGUGUGUAGCUAAGUAUAAAUGUUAACGGUAUUUUCUCUCCAAGUUCUUCUGUGAGUAAAAAGUGAGCGUGAAACUCAAAGAGGGCACAAAAAAAUACACAUUUCUGUUUCCUUUUUUUUACCUCCCUAAGCCACCAUUGCACUGUUUUGUAUAAACUAAACAUGAAACAACACCAAGCUGAUACCAGCCCCACCACCACUACCACUACUACUACUCUGAGAGUUAUUACCCUGAUAAUAAAAGAUGUUUUAAACCUCA